AUGUACAUAGAUACGUACAGGAACAGUUUUGCAGUUGAUGUCUUAGAAUAUUUCAAACUAGUGAAACUAAACCAGGAAAUCCCCAAGAGAAGAAUCAGUAGUGAGGAAUCAAGUUUGCAACCGGAACAUGUCAAUAUUGAUGUUGAUGCCCUCGAAAAGCAGAGCUUCGAAGGGCCUAACGAGGCCGGUGAUAUCGAUGGUGCAGUGGAACAAAUGCAUGACUUCAAAGAUACGAGAGAUCCAUUUCUGAUUGAUUUCACAGGCCCUGAAGAUCCUGAGCAUCCUCAUAAUUGGUCAACUUUAAAGAAGACUAUAGUCAUCACAGAGGUUUCAUUACUGACGUUUAUCACAUAUAUGGGAUCAUCCAUAUAUACCCCAGGGCAAGAGCAAAUACAGCAGGAAUUUGGUGUGGGGCAUGUGGUAGCAACUUUAAAUCUGUCGGUUUAUGUUAUAGGGUACGGUAUUGGACCCAUAAUUUUUUCACCAUUAUCAGAAUUUGCCAUCUUUGGUAGGCAACAACUUUACAUUGUAACGUUAUUCCUCUUUACCAUGUUACAGGCAGGUUGUGCACUGGUGCAUAACAUUGCAGGACUUGUAAUUCUAAGGUUUUUGACAGGCGUAUUAUGCUCACCUUCGUUAGCUACAGGUGCUGCAUCUAUUGGGGAUGUUGUUAGACCUAAAUACGUUCCUAUUUUGUUAGGAUUGUGGUCUGGUGCAGCAUACGCGGCACCAUGUGUUGGACCUCUUAUAGGAGCUGCUAUGGUAAUCGCUAAGAAUUGGAGGUGGAUCUUUUGGCUAUUAAUGUGGAUGAGCGCUCUUCUUCUGGUUACCCUAAUAUUCUUCUUCCCAGAAACUAGUGAGGAUAACAUUCUACAUCGUCGUUGUGAAAGGAUCAAAAAGAUUACUGGUGAUGAUAGAUACUAUACUUUUAAAGCCAGGGAAGAAUCAAAGUUGAAUGCUAAGGAUAUCGCUAUUAUUGCUCUUUACAGGCCAUUUGAGAUUAUGGUGAAAGAACCAAUAGUGCAGGCACUAGACAUUUAUAUUGCCUUGACUUAUGGUAUUUUCUAUCUCUUCUUUGAAUCUUUCCCCAUUGUAUUCAGCGGCAUCUAUCAUUUCACAUUGAUAGAGCUUGGUCUAUCCUAUUUGGGAUUUUUAGUUGGUUCUUUUGUUGCUUAUGCUGCAUCGAUCAUAUUUUUACAUUAUUACGCUGAUAGAAAGAUGGCUAACGGCACAUUUACUCCAGAGACUUUCUUGGUGUUAGCCAUGUGCGUUAGUUGGUGUUUGCCGUGUGGGUUAUUCAUAUUCGGAUGGGCAGCCAGUGUUCAUUGGAUGGUACCGAUAGCAGCAGAGCUUUUAUUUGUUAUGUGUGAUUUCAAUCUUUGGGAAUCUAUCUUUUCAUAUUUGGCUGUCUCUUAUCCCAAAUACGUGGCAUCUGUAUUCGCAGGUAAUGGUGUUUUGCGUGCUGGAUUUGCCUGUGCAUUCCCACUCUUUGGUAAGGCCAUGUAUGACAAUUUAGCCAUCGACGGAUACCCGGUAGGGUGGGGGUCCUCACUGCUAGGUUUUAUCACUAUUGGAUUAGCACUGCUCCCCUUCCUUUUUUACAAGUAUGGUCCUUACUUACGUAGUAAGUCCAAAUUUACAGGUUAG